AUGGUGGCUGUUGCAGAGCGACUGAUGUCAUCUGAUUUGUGCCAGGUGUUUGACACUGUCCCACGUGACAUCCUGGUCUCCAAACUGACAGGGCAUGGAUUUGAUAGAUGGACCACUCGGUGGAUAAGCUUUCUUCCUUACUAUCCAAACCAGAUCGACUCUAUGAACUGGGUCAUUCUCCAAAAUCUGGCAAGUAUGAGGCAGAAGAUGGAGAGAUGUGCCAACCAAUGGGCUGCGUUGUCCACCUGUGUCACACGGGAGGAAUGGUAUGGGUGCGUAAAGCAGCUGGGGGUUGAGGUGUGUGGGCCCCCCGGUGUAGAUGUAGAGGUGAAGGUAAGGCGUGUGUCGGUGCACGAAGCAGAUGUGGGGUGUUUUGGUGGGGCUGCUGGGGUGCGGCGUUGUGCUAUAUGCUUGUGCGUGUGCGGCGAGGUGUGUGGGCCCCCCGGUGUAGAUGUAGAGGUGAAGGUUUUCUCAAAUAAUGAUGAAGCCCUUAUUAACAAAAAACUACCCAAAGAACUUCUGUUAAGAAUAUUUUCUUUCUUGGACAUAGUUACUUUGUGUCGAUGUGCACAAGUUUCCAAGGCAUGGAAUGUUUUAGCUCUGGAUGGAAGCAACUGGCAAAGAAUAGACCUCUUUAACUUUCAAACGGACAUAGAGGGUCGUGUUGUGGAAAAUAUAUCGAAAAGGUGCGGUGGGUUCCUGAGGCAACUUAGUCUGAGAGGAUGUCUUGGUGUUGGAGACUCCUCUUUAAAGACCUUUGCACAGAAUUGUAGAAACAUCGAACACUUAAAUCUAAACGGGUGCACAAAAAUCACUGACAGCACGUGUUACAGUCUUAGCAGAUUCUGUUCCAAGCUGAAACAUCUGGAUCUGACAUCUUGCGUAGCCAUCACAAACAACUCUUUGAAAGGCUUAAGUGAGGGUUGCAGAAAUCUGGAACAUUUGAAUCUUUCCUGGUGUGAUCAGAUUACGAAGGAUGGUAUUGAAGCACUGGUGAAAGGGUGUAGUGGACUAAAAGCUCUAUUUCUUAGAGGUUGCACACAGUUAGAAGAUGAAGCAUUGAAACACAUUCAAAAUCACUGUCAUGAACUUGUAAUCCUGAAUUUGCAAUCCUGUACACAAAUUUCAGAUGAAGGCAUUGUAAAAAUCUGUAGAGGAUGUCACAGACUUCAGUCUCUCUGUGUUUCAGGAUGUAGCAACCUUACAGAUGCUUCUCUCACAGCACUGGGCCUAAACUGUCCAAGGCUGAAGAUUCUGGAAGCUGCAAGAUGUUCCCAUCUUACAGAUGCUGGUUUUACUCUUUUAGCACGGAAUUGCCAUGAGCUGGAGAAGAUGGACUUGGAAGAAUGUGUUUUGAUAACUGACAGCACAUUGAUACAACUUUCUAUACACUGUCCCAAGCUACAAGCAUUGAGCUUAUCUCACUGUGAAUUGAUCACCGAUGAUGGGAUUCUUCAUCUGAGCAACAGUACAUGUGGUCACGAGAGGCUGCAGGUGCUGGAGCUUGAUAACUGUCUCCUCAUCACUGAUGUGACUCUGGAACACCUGGAGAACUGCCACAACUUGGAGAGAAUUGAGCUGUACGACUGCCAGCAAGUCACACGAGCUGGAAUCAAGCGCAUCAGAGCUCAUCUACCUCACGUGAAGGUUCAUGCUUACUUUGCUCCAGUCACGCCCCCUCCGUCGGUGGGAGGGAGCGGACAGCGCCUCUGCAGAUGCUGUAUUAUUCUUUGACAGUAAGUGCAGCCACGGGGAGAAGUUUGUUGUUGCUGUUGAAGAGAAGAACGGGACUGCACGUCAGUGGAAGGAGGAGGCGGCUUCCUGACAGUCCUAACGGUGGUGUUUGGUCAUCCAGUUUUGUGACAAGAAAAGCUUUUUUUUUAUUUCCAGGUAAAAAUCGUAAUGUGCAGCUGUGGAUUAAGUUGGUGAUGCUUUGGUUUGUAUUAGUAGCACCUUCCUUCUGUUGGCAUGAGAACUGAAGUACCGUGUAAAAUGUGGGGGCAUUUCAGCAUAGCAGCUACUUGGUGAAAGUUCACUUAGCUUGGAAGUCAAUUUGCAUUUGUAAGCACUACUCCGUGUGAAGUUGUAAGGUCAGGUGGGGCUCAGGCCUGUCACACCGAGGAACUGAGCCUGCUGCUCUGUAAUAUACACGACAGAAUAAAUCUCUGGUUAUGGACAAAUCAGCUUUAGCAGAUGUUGACCAAAAAAUGCAAGGCAAUCAUGAGCUUUUACAGCAAAACAGC